AUGCCGAACAAUCGCUAUGGAUCUCGGCUUGGAGCUCUGGCCGCGCGACGAAGGAUUUCUGACACACCUUGGCCUUUUCAAGCCCCAACAAAGAGCCCACCACAACAGAUCGUCGUCACAAAGCAACCAUCUCUAGAGGAAAAUCUCGAACGACAAUUAUGUUUGAAAUUCGGCGCAAAGCAGCCCCCUCCAGCAGCAAAAAAAAUGACCAAGCAGCAAUCACCGCCAGAAAAAGCAGCAAAAGUGCAGUCAAUUCCCGUCAAGCAGCUCGUAGCUUCGUAUCAUCCCAGCCCCAUCUUUCAAGGGCCAGAAGAUCCCGAACAAGAACGAUUGACUCGCUUGGCUAAAGCUAUCAGGAAACUUCGGGAUGAUUGCGUGGGGUCGGACGAAGAUUUGCAACUUAGAAUGGGAAGCAAAUACGGUAUACUCUCUCUAUUGCAAGGAGAAUCGACCGAAAUUGAAGAGAGGUGUAAUUCAGAAGCAUCGACGUGGGAAGCCGUGCCAAAAUGUGGUAGAAAUUUCAACGAGGGCAAAGUGUGCAAAUCAGAUCUCCGUUUUUCACAGGCCAAUUCAUAUUCGACACUGGACAGAAAACAAAUGGAGGACGUUGAAGCAAAGAGACGACACAAAGCGAAAAUCGUUCAACUAAAAGAGUGGGAAGAUAGGUCGUACAAAAUGACCGGUGAGGAACUAAUCGAACGCGAUCGUCGUUAUGGGCAUCGUCAACCCGGUGCCACUUUCACAGUAAAAGUACCUGGCAAUUGGUUAAAGAAUCGU